AUGCCUCCGGAGAUAUCCCUCCCGGUGCAGCGCGUUCUCCGCACCAUGAUCUCAGGAGUGAUGCUGGCUCAGUGCUUCACCGUCUACGUCUAUCUCUCCUCCUACAUAGUGUUGCUGUAUCCAGUGUUUUUGGAAGAACGACAUAACUUAGUGCUGCCAUGGCUUCUGUUAGCCGCAAUAAGGAACUUGCUCUGCGAACUGACUAGCUUGGCACUAGGCCUCGGCACGUGUGUUCUCCUGGGACCAGCCCGCCCGCCUUGCAUUCGAUUUGUAAUCACCAAGCUGGCCUCAAUCAUGCCCGCAUUUUAUAUGUGGAUGCUAGUUCUUGGGUAUUACCACAAUUUAAAAAUGGCAUCGGCAUUCAAAACAUUCCCAGCGGCAUUGCCAGCGAAGGACCUUGAUUACGGACUGGAAUUAGCUGUGCGUAGACGUCGGACCAAGUCUCUACAAGGUGAAGAUCAGUUGCGAAAAAAACUCAUUGCAAGUCUUUAUUCCGAGCAAGUUUCCAUAUCAGAUAAAAUGGCCACACCAAUUCUGACCACUAUUCAUGAAUCAAACAGAAGUUCAGCAAAAAUCAGCGAAGUUGUCAGUGACGAAGAUAUUGUUACGUCUCCCUCAGAUGCUCAGUAUCCCUUGGCCGUUACAUCUAACAGAACAAUGUCUGAUAUAGGCACAUACGAAGACUGGUUUGGUAGCGAAGUAGUAGUACCUCGUGAUGCAGACCGCAUUCUAGAACAGUUUGUAUUAAUGCUAUUGCGAAUUGAUGCUUAUUUGAAAACAGAAAACGCAGACUCCAUAAGACUGUUUAAUUCAAAUUCCCAAGCUUUUUUAGGGCAGUACUAUAAAUGUACUGCUAUGCCAUCUGAAGAAACUGACACUCCACCUUUAGUCGGAAGCAGUAAAGGCAGAAUGGCUUCAUAUUUGCUUGAUUAUCCUCAAAUUUUUGGAAAAAAGCCAGACGUAUUGGGAAACUUAAAUGCACCAGAUAGCAAUCUUCUAACAGUCAGGAGUAGUCACAGUUCACAAUCUACCAGAUCCAAGAAAGGUGUAUCUACAGAGACCACGGAUCCAAAUUUAAAUAAUGCAACUACACAAGAUUCCAAGCAGUUAGUUAUUAAUUCGAAGGAAAAUUUAAAUGACGGCAAAGUAUAAACUAAGUAAUUGAAUUGAAGAAAUUAAUGCUCAAAGCUCUGAAAAAAUAGA